GGUGCAUUUCCCCUGUUAACUUCUUUUCCCCUUUCACAGGUGCUGUUUCAUCUGAAGAAAUAAUUAAAUAUGCCCACAGGAUUAGUGCCAGCAACGCUGUUUGUGCUCCUCUGACAUGGGUACCAGGGGACCCACGCAGGCCAUAUCCUACAGAUUUGGAGAUGAGGAGUGGCCUUUUGGGUCAGAUGAACAACCCAUCCACUAACGGAGUUAAUGGACACUUGCCAGGGGAUGCACUUGCAGCAGGCAGAUUGCCAGAUGUGCUUGCUCCUCAAUAUCCCUGGCAGUCAAGUGAUAUCUCAAUGAACAUGCUACCUCCUAAUCAUAGCAAUGACUUUAUGUUGGAGCCUCCAGGGCACAAUAAAGAAAAUGAAGAUGAUGUAGAAGUUAUGUCAACAGACUCCUCAAGCAGCAGUAGUGACUCAGAUUAAGUACCGAAAAGGGACAACAUCCCAACCAAAUAGACUUUUAUUUCCUCUGGUGAAGGCGAGUUGGACACUGUUCAUCAAAAGCUGCAAUACCAGCCUGAUACGUUGGCUUCACUGUGCAGUGAGAAGACACAGCCUGUUUAGAUCUAGGAUGGUGAUGUUAAAAUGGUAAACUUUUUGUUGCUCUAGAUAUCAUCCACUAGAUGCUCAAUUAAAACAAGCAAAAAUUGGUGGUAACCUUUUGUCGGGGAGAGCUUUGCCAGCUUUCCAGUGAUUGUUUUUUGUAAACUGUAUUUUUUUACUAUGCAUUAGACAAAAUAAGUUUCUGGAAAAGAAGCUGUAAGGGGAAUCCCCUUGGAUGUUUGUUAAUAACUUCACUCUUUUGAUAAUAGCCUUUCUAUUAAGGCACAAAAAAUGUGUCCAGCUGUGUAGAUUUUAAAAGUUGGCUGCUUUGUUAGCUACUGCCAGAACUCAAGUGUUUGAUCAUCUUAUGUGUUAUGAGAACAAAAAUGUGAUGUGACCAUAAGCUGUUAUACAAAAAUAUUUUUGUAAUUAUUAUAAUAUAUAGUGAAUUUGUUGUUAUAAAUAAAAAACUCAACUUUGAUGUA